GCCGACGCAGGCGCACUGCACCACGCGGCCGCCAUUUUGUGUCCGAGCCUGUGGAGCGAUUAAACCGUGCGCGGAGCUGCUUCUUUGGCGGCAGCGGCGGCGCGGUGGCCGGUGCGGGUGCGCGGAGCUAGCGGGGGACGCCAGGUGGCCGGAGCGGUGGAGCGGCGGCGGAGCGGGCGCUGCGGGGGGUGUGGCGCGGAGAAUGGUCACGGACCCGGGGCCAAAGAACAAGAUGCACUAGUGGACAGACUGCUGACCAAGGGCUUGAGAGCUGGAUUCUGUUUUUCCUUUUCAAACUGACUUUGCAGCCACGGAGAGGGUACAAAGUGUAUGAUUCCUGGGCACUUGAAGCUAUAAGAUAAGCAUGACCCGUCUUCUUGGAGCUUCAGUUGUGCUUAUUGAGGGGCCCGUGAGUUGAGUAAUUUAACUGGAAGGGGAAAUGGAAGGUGAGGCGGUUGAAGCCAUUGUGGAGGAAUCUGAAACUUUCAUUAAAGGGAAGGAGAGAAAGACUUACCAGAGACGCCGGGAAGGGGGCCAGGAAGAGGACGCUUGCCACCUACCCCAGAACCAGACUGAUGGGGGUGAGGUGGUUCAGGAUGUCAGUAGUAGUGUGCAGAUGGUCAUGAUGGAACAGCUGGAUCCUACCCUUCUUCAGAUGAAGACCGAAGUAAUGGAGGGUACGGUCGCUCCAGAAGCAGAGGCUGCUGUGGACGAUACCCAGAUCAUAACCUUGCAGGUUGUAAAUAUGGAGGAACAGCCCAUAAACAUAGGAGAGCUUCAGCUUGUUGAAGUCCCCGUUCCCGUGACUGUACCUGUUGCUACCACUUCAGUAGAUGAACUCCACGGGGCUUAUGAGAAUGAAGUGUCUAAAGAGGGCCUUGCAGAAAAUGAACCCAUGAUCUGUCACACCUUACCUUUGCCCGAAGGGUUUCAAGUGGUGAAAGUGGGGGCCAAUGGAGAGGUGGAGACGCUAGAGCAAGGGGAACUUCCACCUCAGGAAGAUCCUAUUUGGCAAAAAGACCCAGACUAUCAGCCACCAGCCAAAAAAACAAAGAAAACCAAAAAGAGCAAACUUCGCUACACAGAGGAGGGCAAAGAUGUGGAUGUUUCUGUCUAUGACUUCGAGGAAGAGCAACAAGAGGGUCUGCUAUCCGAGGUUAAUGCAGAGAAAGUGGUUGGUAACAUGAAGCCUCCAAAACCAACAAAAAUUAAGAAGAAAGGUGUAAAGAAGACAUUCCAGUGUGAGCUUUGCAGUUACACGUGUCCACGGCGUUCAAAUUUGGAUCGUCACAUGAAAAGUCACACUGAUGAGAGACCACACAAGUGCCAUCUCUGUGGCAGGGCAUUCAGGACAGUCACCCUCCUGAGGAAUCACCUUAACACACACACAGGUACACGUCCUCACAAGUGCCCAGACUGUGACAUGGCCUUUGUGACUAGUGGAGAAUUGGUGCGGCAUCGUCGUUACAAACACACCCAUGAGAAGCCAUUCAAGUGUUCCAUGUGCGAUUACGCCAGCGUAGAAGUCAGCAAAUUAAAACGUCACAUUCGUUCUCAUACUGGAGAGCGUCCGUUCCAGUGUAGCUUGUGCAGUUAUGCCAGCAGGGACACAUACAAGCUGAAAAGGCACAUGAGAACCCAUUCAGGGGAAAAACCUUAUGAAUGUUAUAUUUGUCAUGCGCGAUUUACCCAAAGUGGUACCAUGAAGAUGCACAUCUUACAGAAGCACACAGAAAAUGUGGCCAAAUUUCACUGUCCCCACUGUGACACUGUCAUAGCCCGAAAAAGUGAUUUGGGUGUCCACUUGCGAAAGCAGCAUUCCUAUAUUGAGCAAGGCAAGAAGUGCCGAUACUGCGAUGCUGUGUUUCAUGAGCGCUAUGCCCUCAUUCAGCAUCAGAAGUCACACAAGAAUGAGAAGCGCUUUAAGUGUGACCAGUGUGAUUACGCUUGCAGACAGGAGAGGCACAUGAUCAUGCACAAGCGCACCCACACCGGCGAGAAGCCCUACGCCUGCAGCCACUGCGACAAGACCUUCCGCCAGAAACAGCUCCUCGACAUGCACUUCAAACGCUAUCACGACCCCAACUUUGUCCCUGCGGCCUUUGUCUGUUCUAAGUGUGGGAAAACAUUCACACGGCGGAAUACCAUGGCAAGGCAUGCUGAUAAUUGUGCUGGUCCAGAUGGUGUAGAAGGAGAAAAUGGAGGAGAAACGAAGAAAAGUAAACGUGGAAGAAAAAGAAAGAUGCGCUCUAAAAAAGAAGACUCCUCUGACAGUGAAGAAAAUGCUGAGCCAGACCUGGAUGACAAUGACGAUGAAGAGGAGCCUGCUAUGGAAAUUGAACCUGAGCCAGAGCCUCAGCCUGUGACCCCAGCCCCACCACCUGCCAAGAAGCGGAGAGGACGCCCCCCUGGCAGAACCAACCAACCCAAACAGACCCAGCCAACAGCUAUCAUCCAGGUUGAAGAUCAGAAUACAGGUGCAAUUGAGAACAUUAUAGUUCAAGUAAAAAAGGAGCCAGAUGCAGAGCCCGUGGAGGGGGAGGAAGAGGAGGCCCAGCCCGCUGCCACAGAUGCCCCCAACGGAGACCUCACCCCUGAGAUGAUCCUCAGCAUGAUGGACCGGUGAUGGCAGGGCCUGUCUUCACCAGGACUGCUCAGGGCUGUGUUUAAACGGCCUGCAUCUUAAUUUUUCUCCCUUUUUCUUCUUUUGGCUUUGGGAAAAGCACCGUUUUACACCGUUUUACCAAACAUACUGAGAACUAAAACUUCAAGGAUGAUGUUAGGAAAAUGUGAUUUAACUAGAACUUGCCAUUUGAUGUUAGCAAAUCAUGGAAUGUUCCGAGUCCCUGAGGGUUUACCAGGAAGUGCUGAGGACAGUGUUGACGCCUAACUGGUUUCUUAGAUGGAAACAGAGACAUUGGACCCUCCUCCUUGCUAUGGUAAACCACUCCAGAACAGCCACCGGGUUGCCCAGAGUUCUACGGUCUUCUUCCCAGGAGAGUUUUUAAUUGUAAAUGCAGACUUGGGAAGGACUUAGACUUUUAAACUGGUUUUUGCUUUUGCUUUUUCCCUGACUCCCUUUGCUUGGAGUCGGCUGCACACCAAUAACAUGGCAUGCUACGAUCGGUUUUUGUCCUGAAGGCUUUGCCUCUUUCUUGGCAAAGUUUCUGGUAUGGUCAAGCUUGUAAAUAACUUUUUUUACAUUUUAAUCUUUUCCAUUAAUUAAGAGGUUGAAAAGAAGUGCAGUGUAAGAAAACCCAGCAUUUUAAUUACCUGCAAAUUAAGUUACCACAGACUGUAGUGUGUAAAUGUUGACAAGGAAUUGGAUUGCAAUCAUGUAGCAGAACGGCACCCAGACUGCUGCCCACUAGAGAUGGACGCCCAUGUAGAAGAUCGUGAUUUCCAGCCCAUGGAGCCAGCAUUUGAACCUUGUACAAUUAACUUUCAGUUAUAAUUUCCCAUCCACAUUUUCUUUGCUCUGUUUGUAGCUGAAUUUUUCUGUUUUAUAAAUCCUCUGUUAAAGCAGAAGGGUGAUUAUGAGCAGGUCACAGCAGUCCCUUAAAAGCUGGGCCAGAAAUUUUCAUUAGGUCAGUAAUUUAAACUUUGGAUCUUCAAAAAAAAAAAGGGGGGGGGGCGGUUAAUGAUGUGAAGUGAAACCAACUAUAAAUGAUUCUUGCACAUGAACUGUCACGUUUAAAAAUGUGUUUUUUAGAGAGCCUCAGUCUUGUUGAUUUCAAACACUUUUCUCUUCUGUGUAUUGCUUUUAAGAGAGCCAUCAGUUAGCUGUCAGACUCUAGGUUGAUACAUUUUGUACUUAGCUGUACUGUGUGAUAUUUUUCAUUAUUUUAGGACACCAACAUGAGACCUGUAAUAAAAUACGUAAUGGGGUUGAAAGCUGGGGAGGAGGAUCUACUGCUGUACAGCUAAUAAAUCAUAACGGAUUAACAAUGCUUCAAA